AUGGCUACCUCGAUGCAACGCGAGCGUCCUCUGGCUCCCAUGGCUCCCAUGGCUCCGCCGCCUCCUCCCAAGGCUCACCCCCAGGGCACCAACAGCCUUAUGUCACCACCAGAACCAAUACUCGACAGCUUCAACCAGAGCAAUCAUGGCAUCAAUGCCAACACGAAUGCCACUGCCAAUGGCCAGACACUGUCCACGCACAACCCAUUGCCCAUGUCUCCCCCCAUCUCGCCCUGCAGCAAGCCCAUCCAGCCUUCUGCAAACGCUCCCGCCACGCCUCCCAAUCAGGUCGUCAAGGAUCCUGUUCUCUAUCCUACCGACGAGACCUCGCCGGCCAGUCCUUCUCAGCAGCCUCUGUUUGCUCUCACGGAGAUUGAUCAGCCAAACAUCGACAAUCAUAUCCGCACCCGAUCUGCAAGCACCUUCAACGGCGUAGCUCCUCCCGAGCGCCGAGACUACGAGCUGGUGAAUUAUAUGAUGAUCCAUUUCAGACCCCAGGUCAUGGAGCAUUACAAACGCGACCCCAGAGGCUGGCUCCGCAGGCAACGUGCGCAGGUUAUUGCCGACAACAAGAUCUCGGCCUUGCACCAGAAACACAGGCGCAUCCUCCCGGCCACCAAGGCGGCUUCCCCGGCCAAACCUGCCAGGAAAGCAACCGAUCGUGUCUCCAAACCAAAGGUCACCACGCGUCCGGCUCGCAAUAGCGUCAGUUCUACAUCGUCGGGUGGCGCCGUUGCCAGACCCGCCAAGCGCACUAGUGCCACACCAGAGCCUUCUCGCCGCAACGCCCCUUCGAACCGCGAGGACAAGGACUUUAAUUCGAUUCCGGACUACUGCCCUAGCACCAGCACACUCCCCCCCCGCGCCAAUUGUCUCAAGGUGGAUUGGAAGGGCCCGUUUAUUGAUCUCAACGGCGACCCCUUUGCUCAUCUUUGCCACCGUGAAGAGAUCCUCCUCGCCGGCAUCUUGCGACUGGACUGCGCUACCUACCUCACUAGCAAGCGCCGCAUCUUUGAGCGCCGUGUGCAGUGCCUACGUGCCAACAAGGAAUUCCGCAAGACGGACGCGCAGCAGGCCUGCAAGAUUGACGUCAACAAGGCGUCGAAGCUCUGGACGGCUUUCGAAAAGGUCGGCUGGCUCGCCCCUAGCCUCUUCCAAAACCGCGUCUAG